GUCAAGUGGGGCUAUAUUGUCCAUAGUAACAAAGAUCACGCAUUCGGCAAACGGAAAAAAAAGACAGCAGCAUUAUUUUUACCUGCUCUUUUGGGCUGCUCACAACUUUCUGGUACGGAGCUUGACUACGAAAAUUCUGACAGUCUUCUAGCUUCAGAUGACGAUGAUAAGUUAGAAGUACGGGAUAAAAAUCCAAAUACCACUGAAGUUAUUAUCGAUCCCGUGUUCUCUAAGUCAUCCAAAAGUGUCAAGUCAUCGUCAGCCGUGCAGCAGCAGCAGACGACAUCAAAUUCAAGGAAAAGUCAUGUUUGCAUGAACAACCAAGACAUAAGGUCAAGGGCGAGUUUGAGAUCAAUGAAUAUUAUUAUAUGUCAACAGCAUCAGACCUCCUUGACCUUCAGAUAAGGGCUGAAAAGUUUGCAAAUGCCAAAAUGGGCAAGCUGAAACGUAACUUUUAAUUGUAGUAAUCUUUAAAAAAAAUCACUCAGGCAUAUAGAUCCAUUUUAUCCACAUUUUAUCCAGAUCAUUCCUUUCACAUUGCGUGUUAGUAUUAACAUUUUGUUAUUUUAUUGACUGUCUUUGUUGAACUCAGGGCUUUCAGGCAGUCUAUCAUUUCUUUCGAUUUUUAUGAAUUAAGUAGAUCUAUCUUAAAAUCACACAAUUAUCAUUUGCAAGAAUUUUGCAUACAUUGCCUCCUCGCAUACAUUUUCGGACAUGGAAAAGAUUGUAUAUGAGGCUGGAAGAUUCCACUAUGAAUUAGUUACUAGUGUUGACAAGUUGAUAGAGGAAGCAUACACCAUACUGCACAUAUAUAGAAACAAGCUGAAUCGUAUGACUAGGGCCAAACUCCUCAACUUGAUCCUUGCAUUGAAUGAGCUUCCACAUCUACACGAUUCUACACAUAGGAAAAGAGGAAAGUGUGCACGUGUUACAGACUGGCUCAAUAAUCACACCAGUCAACCCGAGCCAGAGUUGUGUGGCUUCAAAAGGCAAGAUCCAGUCCAGAUUAGAAAAUUUGUUGCCACCGCCCAGCCAAGAAUGUCUACAAGUGACACAAAUGUUACACUUGGAAAGCGGAAACGAGGUUAUGAGGAGUCUGUGAAAGAUAACAUCACCGGCGUUCAAAAAUGUAGUUCCGAUACUCGAGUCUACGUACAUGCUGACUGGUCAAGAUUCAGUGUUUCUGGAAAUGGAAAACGGAGGAGAGUUAGAAAAGACUGGAUUAACUUUGUUGACUUGGUCAUAGCUGAAAAGGAAUAUUGCAUGCUAGAUCAAUUUUCUUUUAAUCACAUUGUCAAAUUGUUAAAUUGACGUUUACUUUCUAUUGUCAACAAAUCAGAUAUGUAUGUUAAGAUUAUUUGGAUAUUUUUGUUACUCAUGUCUCGUGACUUUGAAAUAACAGUUUGUAAAG